UGAUCUCAAACCUUAGGCUUGAUGCUUCAAGAGCUAAAUACUUGGUAAAGAAAAAAAAAGACACAGUUCAGCUUUGAGAGAAGUUUCUGAGUGAAGAUGAAUUUGGCAGAGAUCUGCGACAAUGCCAAAAAGGGAAGAGACUAUGCACUCAUUGGAAAUUAUGACUCUUCUAUGGUGUAUUACCAGGGUGUCAUCCAGCAAAUCCAGAGACAUUGCCAGUCGAUCAGAGAUCCAGCAAUUAAGGGCAAAUGGCAACAGGUUCGGCAAGAAUUAGUCGAAGAGUAUGAACAAGUUAAGAGCAUUGUUGACACUUUAGAAAGUUUUAAAAUGGACAGACCUGCAGAAAUCCCUGUGUCCAAUCAAGAUGAGCCUUUUAGAGAUCCUGCUGUUUGGCCCCCUCCAGUUCCAGCUGAACACAGGGCCCCACCUCAGAUCAAGCGUCCCAACCGAGGAGCAAAGCCCACGAGGAAGGAAUCCCCAGGCCUGCAGCCCCGUGGGCCCAUGGGCAGAGCACAGCCGGCAGCGAGGAGCGACAAAUCUGCAGGCAGCCGUGACAGGGAGCCAAGGGCCAGAGGGAGGGAUGACAAGGGAAAGAAAACACCCCAGGAAGGUGUUGCUGAUGAUGUUCCAAGAUUUGAUGGAGGAGUGGGUUAUGACAAAGACUUGGUCGAAGCUCUUGAAAGGGACAUUGUGUCGAGGAAUCCAAGCAUUCAUUGGGAUGACAUAGCAGAUUUGGAAGAAGCCAAAAAAUUAUUAAGAGAAGCUGUUGUUCUUCCGAUGUGGAUGCCUGAUUUUUUCAAAGGGAUCAGAAGACCUUGGAAGGGCGUGCUGAUGGUUGGUCCUCCUGGUACUGGCAAAACAAUGCUAGCAAAAGCUGUUGCUACAGAAUGUGGAACAACGUUCUUCAAUGUGUCUUCCUCUACACUGACAUCUAAAUACAGGGGUGAAUCUGAAAAGCUUGUCCGCCUGUUGUUUGAAAUGGCAAGGUUUUACGCUCCAACAACAAUCUUCAUUGAUGAAAUUGAUUCAAUCUGCAGCCGCAGAGGCACAUCUGAUGAGCAUGAGGCGAGUCGCAGAGUCAAGUCAGAGCUGCUUGUGCAAAUGGACGGGGUAGGUGGUGCUUUGGAGAAUGAUGACCCUUCCAAGAUGGUUAUGGUAUUAGCUGCUACAAAUUUUCCUUGGGAUAUUGAUGAAGCUCUCCGACGGAGACUGGAAAAAAGGAUUUAUAUACCUUUGCCCACAGCAAAAGGCAGAGCAGAACUACUUAAGAUUAAUCUUCGGGAAGUAGAGCUCGAUCCUGACAUCAGCCUUGAAGAAAUUGCUGAGAAGAUUGAAGGCUAUUCUGGUGCUGACAUCACUAAUGUCUGCAGGGAUGCCUCUUUAAUGGCAAUGAGACGGCGUAUUAACGGCUUAACUCCAGAAGAGAUUCGGGCACUUUCUAAAGAGGAGCUUCAGAUGCCAGUUACCAAGGGGGACUUUGAGUUGGCUCUGAAGAAAAUCUCCAAAUCUGUUUCUGCUGCAGACCUGGAGAAGUACGAGAAAUGGAUGGCGGAGUUUGGAUCUGCUUAAUCUCACCGACAGCUUUCCAUUGUGAGAGUUUAUGGCUUUUGUUGUUUUCACUUGCAAUGUGAGUUAGAAAAUUUUUCAAAGGUUUAAUAAAAGGUCUGCUGUUCUCCCUGUCCCACCUCCACCCCUUCCUGGUGACAAGAUCUUUUAAACUCUGUUUGCCGUUAAAGGGAGUGAUAUGGUUAAAAUUAAAAAAAAAAACACAAAAGUCUGAAAUAGUAAAAGCAGACAAAUGGAAAGGAAAUAAAUAUACUUCUGAGAAUAACCACCUUAUUUUCCCAAUGAAGAGCAGUGCUGUUUACCUCCUUGUACUCAUCUCUCGUGGCUAGAAUCAGUAAAUCAGCUGGGGAAUGUGACUCCAGAGGAGCUAACAAGGGCUCGCUUACCCCCUGCUCCAAGUGCUGUGUUCUGUUGGGCUGCUGACUGCCUCCCCCAAACGUGGCAUCGAAGUGUUUCCUGGUGCUGUUUUCUGCUUGGAUGUCCAGAACAAAGCCUGAGGAUUAAUUGGCAUUUACACAGAGGAAGUGAGGAUCAGUUUUCCAUCAAGAUGCAUGCUCAGCUCUCCUCUCUUGUACACGCAUUUGGCUUUGAUGUCACUUCAGAUUGGAAUGAUGUUACCUGUGACUUCUCCUAGUGGUAAUGAGAAGGAGAGGAAAGGACCUUGAUUGCUUUCAUUCCAUGAUGAAUAUGGUUUGUACCACUUUGACCAUUAGGCACUUUGAAGUUUGACCAGUAGGCACUUUGACUUUAUAUUGUGCAUUUAUGUAGAAUCUUGAACUUUGCUUUCUAAAUGUUAUUUAAAUAACAAUAGUGAAGACACUACUAUGUCCUUAAAAUGCAUGGCUGUGGAAUUCCAGGUCUUCUAGUUAGGCCUGAGCCUUUUCCAAGCUUUACUAAGUAAUAGUAUUUGCACUUGUUUAUGUUGCAGAACUAUUUUUGUUACACUUCUUAAAUGAAGGUUUCUUAAAAUGUGUAAAUGCAAUUAAUUUAGGGAAAAGUAAUCUGUACAAUCUCAUUUAUGUUCUUAUGUUUUUCUUCCUGUCCCAAGCACAAGUGCAGGGAUGAGAAGGGUUAGGUUAUAAACUCUAGCAUGAUAAAUCCCCUCUCUGGAAUGUAACUGUGAUGCUGACAGUACGGGCUUUUCACGGCGUCAGACUGUGCGUCUGACUCAUGUGGGUUUCCUAAUGAAGGAAUGGGAAGGAUAGGUAAAAUUUACAGAGGAAUAUGCAAGCUCUGAAAUUCUUGGUGAUUUUGUAAGCAUGACUCAAAGUGUCUUGGUUGAUCCGAGCUGUCCUGCAGUUGGGUGAGUUCUGCACCCUCUGGCUCUCUGCUGAGACUUGUGGUGACAUAGCCAGGUGUCGUAGGCUGGAGUAAGAAAUUGAUCUUGAUCAGAAAUGAAGCCAAGUAUUCAGAAUCACCCAACGCAUCUUGGAUGGGAGUAUAUGUUUUUGCUGGUGCUUGCCAAAUAAUGUUUGUAAUCCAGCACGUUGGUCUUUUGGGCCAUGACAUGUGAACCACUAACGUAAAUGUUUCUUGAGCAAGUCUGCUGUUUGGGAGCAAGGACAGUCAGGAUAUGUGAUUGACAAUUCUGCUGUAUCCUUCUGAUUAUGUGAGCAACUUGUGUGGUUGUGGUAUCUUCUCUGCUUUGUCUGUCAGCAGUCCUUUUUCUUUCUCUCUCUGUAAAGUCCACAGCUUGGAUGGAUCAUGCCAUUUUAAAGGGCUCCACUAAUUUGCAUGAAGAAAUACCACAGAGAUUCUGUAAAUCCUGCAUUUGACACAAGACAGCUGGGGCUGUAGAGGCCUGUUUUCAUGUGGCCUUUCAGAAAUGUGCUUUCUGGUGCCCCCAGACUGGUUGAAAAACAACUGCUGUCCCAAUCUUUCCAAGGACAGAGUAUCUCCACUCGCUUUGUUACGAUCUUGACCAGGGAGAUUAGAACAGGAUGAACAUCAACUUUUCCCUUUUCACCUACAGAGAGAAUAAAAGCUCCAGUUACUUUUUGCCUGCCCAGUUUGCACCAACUGCACAGUAUAGCCUUUGCUCUUCACAAUAUCUGCAACUGUUAGAAAGAAGCAAUUCUGUCUGCCCUGGAAGAUGAGCAAGCGCAAAGCUGCAUUUGACUCUAUCAUUUUUGGCUAAAUUACUACCAGGUCCAGUCUGUUCCUCCCAGGGAAUAGCUGGACCUUUAUAGAAAGAAAGCUUUGAAAGCGUUGCCACAGUGUGUCAUUUCUUCCUUAUGAAAGCUGUAGGCUGAAGCUAUUAUUCUUUUUUCCUUUUUUUUUUUUUUCUUUUUUCUUUU